CAAAACCUCAAUAUACCUAACAUAUGGCCACCAAUAAUCAACAAUUCUCUCCCUCCUCAAGAUUCAUCAUUCUAUUAUUAGCGUUACUCUUCCACAUUCAUUAUGCAAAAAGUGAUCUCCAGUUAAAUUACUAUUCACAGAGUUGCCCAAGAGCUGAAGAAAUCGUCAAAGAACAAGUCAUCAAGUUGUACCACAAACAUGGAAAUACUGCAGUUUCUUGGAUCAGAAAUCUCUUCCAUGAUUGCAUGGUUAAGUCAUGCGAUGCAUCGAUACUAUUAGACACAACAAAGGAACAGAAAUCAGAGAAGACAUCACAGAGGAAUUUUGGGAUGAGAAAUUUUAAGUAUAUAGAGACAAUUAAAGAGGCCCUUGAGAAUGAAUGUCCAAACACAGUUUCUUGCGCUGAUAUUGUUGUUCUUUCUGCUAGAGAUGGUGUUGUCAUGUUAGGAGGGCCACACAUUGAAAUGAAAACUGGAAGAAGGGAUAGCAAAGGCAGUUACUUAACAGAAGUUGAGAAUUUCAUUCCUAACCACAAUGAUUCCAUGUCGUUAGUUCUUUCUCGUUUCCAGUCUGUUGGUGUUGACACUGAAGGAACAGUUGCUCUACUUGGGGCACAUACAGUAGGACGAGUUCACUGUGUAAACAUAGUAAACAGACUUUACCCAACAGUUGAUCCAACCCUAGACCCCAACUAUGCCAAUUAUCUCAAAGGGCGAUGCCCCUCCCCGAACCCGGUUCUUAAAGCAGUGGAGUACGCCAGAAACGACCGUGUAACGCCAAUGGUGUUGGACAACGUAUACUACAAGAACAUUUUGAGCAAUAAAGGGCUGUUAAUUGUGGAUCAACAGUUGGUUUCUGAUCCAACUACGUAUCCUUUUGUGGAGAAAUUUGCUAACGAUAAUGGAUAUUUUCAUAGUCAGUUUGCUAAAGCUCUGAUUAUCUUGUCGGAAAAUAGUCCAAUUAGUGGUGAUAAAGGGGAGAUAAGAAAGGUCUGUCGCCAUGUGAACAAGUGAUUAGAAAUCAUGUACUACCAAAUAUAUAAUAAGUGCAAUUAGACUUCUGUUUCUUGUUGGGUAUGUUACCAAUUAGUAAAAUCAAGUGUAACAAUUGUCGUUGAAUGA